AUGUCUGAUAUAUUGGAAAAGUCUUUGGAUGAGAUAAUUGGAGAAAAUAAACCUGCCAGAAGACCGUCUCAACGUAAUGGAGGUGGUCCUAGAAGAGGUGGAGGAUCAAGAAGAUUUAAUCACAGAGGUGGUAGAGGAUCAGGUCCUGUUAGAAGACACGAUUCUUUCAAGCCAAACAACGCAAUACCAUUCGAAAUUCAAGAAGCUGCUGCUGGUAGACCGAUAUUAAGAGUGAAAAACAUUCAUCAAGAAUUAAACGGUGAAGAUUUAUCAAAUUUAUUUGAAACGGUGGCCCCUGUUGAAUUCAUCAAAUUUGAUCCUAAGAAAGAUAGCAUUGCUUAUGUUUGUUUCCAAUAUAACUUUGCUUCUAAUAAUUCGGAAGCUAUAUCUAAAUUUGAUGGUAGAAAAGCAAUGGGUAAGAUACUUAUUGUUGAAAAUGCUACUUCUUUAGCAGAACGUAUAGCUAUAGUUCCUCCUGAUAGGUCACAUCCGUAUGCUAGGGCUUCACGUGGAUCGUCCGGUCCAAAUCCGAGAAAUAGUAGAAAUGAUCGUAAUCCAAGAGUUAGACCUCCAAGAAGGGCCCCUAAACCUCAAAAGAAAUCAGCAGAAGAAUUGGAUAAUGAAUUGAAUGCCUAUAUGUCCGGUAAGUCUGAUGAGCAAUUAAGAGAAGAGGCUAGAGUCAAUAAACUUGAUAACGAAAUGGACAAUUAUUGGAAAGAUACUGGUGAUCAAACAGCAACCAGUGAACCUGUUAAUGGAACCACUGAAGCCCCAGCACCUACGGAAGCCCCAGCACCUACUGAAGAUUCAAUGAAUGUUGAUUAG